CGCGGGAGUCGUCGAAGAAUGGUAGUGCUCCAGUCGGACAGCGCGCAUUGGGACGACUUUGAGGACAAGGUGCGCCAUCUGAGCGACAAAGCGCCGCAUCAACUCAAGCUCUCGUUCAAGUUCAAGCCAAGAACGCGUCUGGUCGUGCGUGCCGUGAACGAGGGUGACUCGCGUCCGAUUGUGCUGCAGUGCAAGUCCAACGAGCAAGCGCACGUCGGUCGCGUGGCAAAGCUGCUGAAAUUGAGCAUGGUUCAAGUUCUAGGUCCAAUGUCGCAAGACUUUGCGACCCCCCUCUCGCCGACGGCGAAGAAGAAGACCAAGAAGAACAAGGGCAAAGCCACGGUGGCGAAGACAACCGCUUUCAAGUAGGAAGCACCGCAAAUGUAAAAAUCGCGCACAUGACGAGCUGUCACUUGAACUUCGAUUGAGUUUACGAGAGGUUGGCAGUGCAAUCAAUUCUCCGGCGUACCGAUCCAACGCACAGAGCGG